AUAAUCAAUUAUUAUAAAGAUCGGUACUUCAGUCUCAAGUGAUACCUACUUUAUAUAUUCAGGAUGAAGCUAUUCCUGACAUUCAUCUGCUUCAUCUUCGGCCACCAAAGAACUGUCAUCACAGAGACAUGUAACAAUCCAGAAGUGACAAGGAACCAGGUGUACAUUUACCGAUUAGCUGAAGAAAUAAAAGUUAAAGUCUUCCAUUGCCAGUUCAAAUACAGUAAACAUUCCUUUCUGUCAUAUUCCGAUAUAGGCAAAAACUGUAGGAUAGCUUCUGGAUUUGGUGUUUUGAAAGAUAAAUGGGGAGACAACAUCGAAGCUGGUUCUAAAGAGUCCAAGCUCAUUGUGGAGGGAUAUGACACUAAAGCUGAUCUCAUCAGUAAUGAAAUUCGAUUGAGAAGUGGAACAUUGUGCAGGUAUGAUAGAGGUUUCUGUUAUGAUCCUAAAGAAAGUGUCAACUACGCUGUUGUUUGGGACAUAACCCGCAAACCUGUUGAUAAAUGUCCCAAAAAAGCAGCGGAGAAAGUUUUCUAUGGAUUCACAGACAUCUGGGACUUUCCGAAAAAGCGGCUGAAAUAUCUGUUUUACUAUGAUGACCAUCAAGAUGAGGCAUUUUACUUGAAGCUAACGAAAAAUAUCAUUUGUAACGGCAAGUUUAUUUGGUACACAGAACGAAAUGGUUUCGUAGUGACAAUGUCUGUACUAGAUACUUCUUCGAAACCGUCGUCAAAGUUUUAUUUUCCUAUCAAAACAAAGAGAAUCAUCACUUCCGCUAUUAUGAGAAAUUGUGAUCUUGAAGAAUAUAUGGAGAACUUGGAGAAAGACAGAGUGUUGAAUUCCAAGACGGUGGAUAUUUUAAUGGAGUUGUAUCAGAAACUGAAGUCGGAAACCAAAACUGAAAUUGAGCAGAACUUUCCGGAAAAUUUCCAGAAUGCAACAAUAGAUAUUAGAUCUAACUAGUCUUGGAAAGAGUAUUGUCAUUAUUGUUGAAAUGUAAGAUGUGAUUUUUGCAGUGCAAUGCAAGUCGAUGUUUUGAUGAGUGAAUGAAAUAUUUUUUUGCGACACGUA